AUGCCGCUAAUAGAUAUCAAGUACGGUACAGGGGAUGCGGAACUCCCUGUGCUGCGUAGUCUCUGGCAGACCCCACCGGCCGACAUCGCCGAGUUCCAGUCGCCAGAGCUGCCAGCUGCGACCGACAUCGUCAUCGUCGGAAGCGGAAUUACAGGCGCUGCCGCUGCGUGGAAUCUUCUUAGUCGAGUGGAGCCAGCGGACCAAGAAAGCCACAAUGCCGGGCUAGUGAACCACGCCACGCCGCAGCGCGUCGCUGACCAAACCCACGAACCCAGCCGCGUCGUCAUGCUCGAGGCCAGGGAGGCAUGCUCUGGCGCCACGGGCCGGAACGGUGGUCAUACCAAAGCGGCGUCCUACCGCUCCUUCCUUGCCCACGCCGAUGCACUCGGGAGCACGGAGGCGGCCUGCCAGAUAGCGCGGAUGGAGCUGGCCAACAUUCGAGCCGUCCACUCCUUUGCCAGGGAUCACGGCAUCGAUUGCGAGAGCCGGUCCUGCGGGACCGUCGACGCUAUCUACGACCCGGACCAGUGGGCGCACGCCCAUAAAGCGGCUGAAGCCAUGACGAAAGCCAUGCCGGGGGAGGACGCGUCUCGCUACGCGUUCCAUACCCCGGAGGAGCUUCGUGAGCGGUUCCAUCUCGGAGAAGGCGAAGUCUGCGGCGGCGUGGAAUACGAAGCGGGAAGCAUUUCGGCUUACCGAUUUACCAUUGGCGUGCUAAAGCUGUGUCUAGAGAGAGGCCUCAACCUGCAGACAUUCACGCCCGCAACGCGGAUAUCCGCCAUGGAGGAAGCGGACGAUGAGGGGCAUCGAUGGGUGGUUGAGACCCCACGCGGCUCUAUCGUCGCGAAGGAAGUGGUUCUGGCCACCAACGGGUACACCGCCGCAGUGGAGCCCCGGUUCCAGGGCGUCAUUGUCCCCUUGAGGGGCCAGAUCACAGCCCACCGUCCUGGGUCCGGUAUGCCGAAGGAGGGAUUGCAGGCGACGUACAGCUUCAUUUACCGGGAUGGGUACGAGUACAUGGUGCCCAAGGCAGAGCGAACCAGCCACGCUGGCGACAUCGUUAUGGGCGGGGGGCUGGUGAAAGCACCCGACUUGGGCCUCGACGAGUAUGGCACAACUGAUGACUCGGAGUUGAAUCCUAUCAUCAGCCACUAUCUGCACGGAACCACGCCUCGCUACUUCGGGUCCAAGUGGGGAAAGGACCACCCGGACGGGCGUAUCCGCAGUGAGUGGACUGGCAUCAUGGGAUUCAGCCCUGACGGCUUCCCCUUCGUUGGCGAGAUGCCCGCCCGGCCGGGUCUAUGGGUUUCUGCCGGUUUCCAGGGCCAUGGGAUGGUCUUGUGCUGGCUAUGCGGCAAGGCGCUCACGGAAAUGAUGGCGGGUCGCGAUGGCGAGGAGCUGAGGGCUUGGUUUCCGAGCGCUUUUCGAGUGAGCGAGGAGCGUUUGCUGAGACGAUUCGACGGGGUCCAGCAUACGCCAGUCGGUUCUCGCACAGGCCCGAGACAUGAAAUGAGAGAGGAGUAG